AUGUGCGAUUCCACGUUUACGUUUGGCCAACGGGGCAGCCACUUCUUCCAAUGUCCCUCGCGACGAGAAAUCGCACGUCUCCCGAGAAAGUUGGCGAGAUUACUCAGCUCUUCACAACUGAAGAAGAUUCAUCAUGUGACCCUAGGUUUUGAGGAUGCUUUCCUCCUUACCUGGCGUGAUACGGAUGGGACAGAUCGCAUUGAAAGCUCAGGACUCCCGGCCGAGUUAGUUGAGUUUCUGCAUACUCGGAACCGCAACGUCUCCAAUAUCCGGUGUACGUUAGGGCCGUACAACUCAUCUUUCUUCGUCCACGACAAAACUUCCUAUCUUUGGAAAAACCUUCCAGGACCUCUACUCGUUGCCCUGCAGAACAACAUCCAGGAUGGGAGUUGGACUGAUAGACCCCGCCUCGUAGCACUAGGCGCCGGAGAUAACUUUCUUUUAAUAACCGAGAAGAACGCGACCGUUUGGGAUCUGCGACACUACAAGUCUGCUGUUACAUUCCUCCAAAAGAACGCCAUAACGGACAUCCAAAACUUCGUCUUGCAUUCCUACCGGUAUCAAAGCUUCCUCGCCCAGACUCGGAGCGGCAAACUUGUUUCCGAAAAUAUACCACCACAUCAGGUUGUGGGCGUCCAAGCCAUGAUGGGACCGAUCUUGCAAGACACAAUGAAUGCGCAACGAAGAAUUCUCGCACGCGCAGAGAGUGAAAAGAGAGCGACGACCUUACCAAGGAAACCCAGCACGCUUCAACAACGUGCGCAAAUUCGGAGAGAAUGGAGUCACCACAGUCAGGAGUUCACGGCCCAAGCCAAGGGCGUAAAGUUGAGUUUUAGUCUCAAUGUAAGCUUGGGCGGCCUGGCGAGGAUGUUGGGAUGA